AUGAUAUCUGACGAUCCAGAGUAUGCAGUUGAGGAAGAAAUUCAUCAGCUCUUUCGAGCACAGACUAAAACGUUGGCAGCUUGCGAUUUCAAAAAGCCAACUUCCAUGCCAUUACGAAUCCGGGCGUCGACAUACUCUUGCAGUCGUCCAUUCCUGAAAAAGACCUUAGUUAUGGAUUUGGAGGAAAUGCGAAACUCUCUUUUGUCAGGCUAUGUGGGUGAACGCAAAAGGGUCAGUUUCCGAUGCUACAGGGCAGGGUCACCGGGAUAUGCAGUCGUUUCCAAAAGGACUUUUGGAGACCUUUCCUGGCAAAAAGAGACUGACCAGAGGGGGCAGCGAUUUUACCCAGCCACCGUAAUGGUCGAUGACGACAGCGAGGAUUUUAUAAGGCCAGUCUGUAACAGUAUAGGUUCCGCUCAACGACCUCUCAGAAUUAAAGUCAUCGGAUGUAAAUCGAUAGACAAAUCCAUGAUCAUCAAGCAGAUUGUCACUUCCGAGUUUAAUGGACUCCAAGAUACUACAAGUAAGCUGAGAGUAUUUGAAUUAAUGACAUAUGCUAUUUAUCUUUGUGUUCAUCAUUCUAUUGUAAUAUUGUUGCUUAUAUUUUUUGCUAGAGAAGAACAAUUUCAUCACUGUUCCUUUGAAUCUAGAUGGCGAAGAUUCCAUCGUCGAGUUGGAGGAAGUCCAGUUCUGCAAGGUAUUUUUUUUUUUUAAAAAAAUGUGACUACUUUAAACCAACUUUUAUUCGCGACCACUGUUUUUUUUUUGUUUUUUUUUGUUGGAUGAACUGGUUCACGGCGAUUAACUUCGCAACCUAGAUUAUCUGAAACAUACAAGAAAUAUUAAAGAACUGGUUCGCGGCGAGAAAUAUUUGCGACGACGAGGUUCUCGCGAAUCUCGCAAAAAUUUCUUGCACGCGAAUAAACGUUAGUCUGCAGUAUUCAUACUGAAUGAAACUGGUUUGAUUUAUUUUGCAGGCGUACAGACACACAGUUUAUGUUGAUGCUUUCAUCAUGAUGUACUCAAUCUGUGACAGAGAUUCAUUUGAAUACGUUCUG